GUAGUCGAGUUUUAAAAAGCAUCGACAACCCAUGACCAUGAUUUCGCCGAUCCUGCAUGGACGCUGGGCGGACACACUGAUUUACGUGUAAUGAGAAAAAAACCUCGAAUGAAAGUUAUUCUCAUAAAACCAUGGAGGGACUGAGCGGGAAUUGCCCUGCCUCUCAUUGCAGGGAUUUUAUCUCGCACCCUGCGCUGGGACGCCACUCUGGGAGCCUCGCGAGUCACCAGGGCACAGUGUACCCGGAUAUCACGACACAAGAUGCCGGCCGGCAAUUCCCUGCGCCCCAGGCCUCGUCGGGGACUUCACUGGGCUAUGGAUACGCAUUCGGGAGUCCAUAUUAUGGGUGUCGUCUUUCCUACUCUCACAACGUAAACUUGCAACAGAAGUCAUACCAUCCUGCCGAAAAAUACAUGGAAACAAGCGGUGCGCUGCCAGCUGAAGAGCUUUCCAGCCGGUCAAAAGAAUUUGCUAUUUACCCAAGCUUCGCCAGCUCUUAUCAAACUGUCCCUGGCUAUUUGGACGUCCCAGUUGUGCCAGGAAUCAGUGCGCACCCAGAAUCCAGGCAUGAAGCGUUGUUUCCUAUGGACAGUUAUCAGCACUGGGCACUGUCGAACGGCUGGGAUGAGCAAUUGUAUUGUUCUAAGGAACAAACACAUUUUAACCACCUAUGGAAAUCCCAAUUUUCGGAUGUGGUGCCACACCAAGCCGAGAUGAACGGCUACCGUCGCGGUCGUAAGAAGAGGGUACCUUACACUAAAAUCCAAUUAAAGGAACUGGAAAAGGAGUAUGCAGCCAGCAAGUUCAUCACCAAAGACAGAAGAAGGCGCAUCUCCGCCACAACGAGUCUCUCCGAGCGCCAGGUGACCAUCUGGUUCCAGAACCGACGUGUUAAGGAAAAGAAGUUCGUUUGUAAAUCCUCAAAGUCAAGCACUAACAUGCAUUCAGUUUGAUUAUUUUCGGUGUUCUUUGGCUCGACAAAUUCAUCAAGGAAUUUCUUUUUAUUUAAGUGGGCUUAAUAAGGCCUAAAUAUGACGGCGGCGGAUCCGACACAGACCUAUGCAUCGAUGAGGUCCUGCAUUUACAGAUGUAGUAGACCUAAGCUGCAGUAAGAAAUGAGUUUCCAGAAGACAUUUACACAUGAAUCGCUUUAUAAUAUUACUGUUUUUUAACUCCAUGUUGUUACAACUGUCAACCUUUCUGUUGGUACUGUUGUUGUUGUUUAAUGAAAAAGAAAUGGAAAUUGUUUGUUAAGACUACGAUGGAGGCAUAGUUUUAACUCCAUUUUAACUUUUAAAAAAGUUUUCAAUUCAAAUAUAGUAAUAUGUAUGUCAAAAUGUUCGGUUAUCAAAACGUAAUGUCAUCCAUGAAUUGGUUAAUAUUCAUCUGUCAAUGUACUUUUCCCUCGUGGUGUGUUUUCUCAAUUUUAUAGCAAUGUUGUCGUGUUUAAAAACGAUUUAAAGUGUUUAGGAGCUGAAAUAAAGCUUAGCGUUAGGUUUGAACACAAGAAAAUCACACACUUAUUUCCCCCAAUAUUAAACUGUUUGUGUUAUGU